UAUUAUAUCCUGUUCUGUUCCAAAAACUAUCUGGAAAGGGGAAUCGGAUCCACCUGCUAGUUAGAUGGUUUGUCCGAAGUCCCUUCCACUAGCACGCACUGUUCAUUCUUUAGGGCGAAGUGGUAGUGAUCAAGUGACCCACUUGCAGUACUAUGGGUACAAAGAGUCAACAUUCUCGCUCAGAUCGUGAUUGAGGAGUGAGUGAGUGAGUGAGUGAGUGAAUGAAUGAAGCUGGGCCGUUGAGUAGUGGCUGAGAAUGUUGAGGCGUGGGUGAGCUAGGAGAAGCUGGAGUGAGCUCAGUGCAUAUGACUAAGCUCGUCGGGUUUGGAGCGAAUUUUGAACUCAGUUUCGGGGUGAAGAUCUGAAGAUGGCGGACUUUGUGGCUUACAAGAGGAUGAUGGAGCUCAGCAGUGCGGAGGAGGAGGCCUCCCACUCGGGGCUCAUCCCUUCGCUUCCCGACGACGUAUUUCUCAAGUGUUUGGUGAAAGUGCCGUUGCAGUGGCAUGCGAAUCUGCAGCGGGUGUCGAGGGCUUUGCGGGAUUUGGUCCAGAGCUCGGAGUACUACGCCCAACGAAAGACAGAAGCUGCAACUAAUGCUCUCGUGUGCAUGUUGCAGCCCGUGCCGAUGAGUACGAAGUCAUUGGAGGAGAAGAUCAGUUCCUCUAGCACGGUGCCGGUGUCCGAUCCUGUUUAUGGAAUUACUGUCUUGGAUGUGGAGAACUCUGUGUGGGAGCGAUUGCCAGGGAUUCCUGGGCUGCCAAGCGGUUUGCCUCUGUUUUGCAAGCUCGUGAUUAUGAAGGGGGAACUUGUGGUGCUAGGAGGGUGGUGGCAGAUCACUUGGAAGCCCUCAAAGGUUGUGUUUGUUUACAAUUUCAGUAGCCAGAGGUGGAGGCGGGGAGCGGACAUGCCGAAUGCCCGGAACUUCUUCGCAGUUGGAGCUGUGGGUGACAAGAUAGUGGUGGCGGGGGGCCACGAUGAGGAUAAGAAGGCGCUUGCGUCAGUUGAGGCCUUCGACCUGGAGACAAACGCUUGGGUGAGUCUGCCGAGCAUGCGGGAGGAGCGCGACGAAUGCACCGGGGUUGUGGUCGACGGGAUGUUCUAUGUUGUGAGCGGAUAUGGCAGUGAUUCGCAAGGAAAUUUCAGAGAGAGUGGAGAAGUCUUCGAUCCUGCGAGAAACUCCUGGACGUUUGUUGACAACAUGUGGCCGUUCUCGUCGCCGGAUUCCGACUUGGCAAGCCCUAGCUCCUUGGCUACUAUGGCGGGGAAUUUGUACGGAGUUCUAAGGAAAGAGAUCGUUGUUUACUCGCAGGAGCGGAAUGCGUGGACGGUGGUGGCGACAAUACCCGAAGAAUCUGAAAAAGGAGAGCUGACGUCCUCGUCCAUCACCGCUAUUGGUAAUCGUCUGGUGAUCACAGGGUUUGCGAGAAAGAACAACACCGUGGCACUGCGAAUCUUAAGCCUAGCCCCUGCCCACGGUGCUUGCAAAGCUCAGUGGCAUACGAUUGAGGCGAACGACCAGUUUUUGAACCUAUCUCAAGCAUCUUGUGCGAUCGAGCUUUGAUUGUCUUUGCACGACAAUCAGUCCUGCGUCUCCUCAGCAUUGACGAUGAUCCACCCUAAGACUAGCUUCUCGGAGAUUCGCCAUCUUUAGAUAUUUCUGUAGCGUGUAGGAUUGUAGAGAAGCCCUAGACAUAUUUGGGAGCUUAGAGAUGAUCUCUUUCUACGAACUUUGCGUGUUUGGACAACACAAGCUUCGUAGAUCUAGAUCAGGGGCUUCAAAACGGCGUGUUACUUGUACUAGGACUAAGCGGGAGUGAGAGAAUUGCAUCAGAAAGUGGAGCUUACCAAUCUAGUACUGAUCAGUUUUCCAUUCAGGAAUGCAAGAAUAACUCAGAGGUUACUGUUUUUCCACUCCAGCUGUUUUAAUAUCUCACUCUCUCAUUCGAGCA